AUCUCUGACUUACAGGCAUACAGGUGUAGAAUCUAUGAGAUUGUUGACAGUGAGUGUUUGAGUAGUGUUGUGGGGAAUAUUUGUGUAUUGUAGGUCACGGAGAAAAACAUGGAAACCAAACCACAGAAAAUGCCCAAAGUGGCAAAAGUAAAAAAUAAAGCACCAGCAGAAAUCCAGAUUACAGCAGAACAACUUCUGCGUGAAGCGAAGGAAAGGGAUCUUGAGAUACUACCGCCGCCUCCAAAACAAAAAAUCUCUGAUCCAGAAGAAUUAGCGGAUUACCAGCAUAGGAAGCGAAGAGGUUUUGAAGACAGCCUAAGAAAGAACAGGACAGUUAUCAGCAACUGGAUAAAAUACGCACAAUGGGAAGAAAGUCAGAAGGAAAUCCAAAGAGCACGCUCCAUUUACGAACGUGCAUUGGAUGUAGAUCAUCGCAACAUUACCCUUUGGUUGAAGUAUACCGAAAUGGAAAUGCGGAACAGACAAGUAAACCAUGCGCGCAAUCUAUGGGACAGAGCAGUCACUAUACUACCUCGUGCCAAUCAGUUUUGGUACAAAUACACAUAUAUGGAAGAAAUGCUGGGGAACAUAGCGGGUGCAAGACUUGUAUUCGAAAGGUGGAUGGAAUGGGAACCUGAUGAACAGGCGUGGCUCACUUAUAUAAAGUUUGAACUGCGGUACAAGGAGAUAGAUCGCGCAAGAGGGAUAUAUGAGCGAUUUGUCUAUGUGCAUGCAGAAAUCAGAAAUUGGAUUAAAUAUGCAAGGUUUGAAGAACAGCAUGGAUUUAUUAGUGGAGCGAGAAAAGUAUAUGAAAGAGCAGUGGAAUUCUAUGGUGAAGAAAUGAUGGAUGAGAAAUUGUACAUUGCAUUUGCCAAGUUCGAGGAAGGCCAGAAAGAACAUGAUAGAGCUCGUGUAAUCUACAAGUACGCACUGGAGCACAUACCAAAAGACCGUGCUCAGGAGCUGUACAAAGCAUACACGAUCCACGAAAAGAAGUACGGCGACAGGACUGGCAUCGAGGAUGUGAUUGUGAGCAAGCGCAAGUUCCAGUACGAGGAGGAGGUGAAAGCCAAUCCAACUAACUAUGAUGCAUGGUUUGAUUACUUGCGACUAGUUGAGAGUGAAGGAAAUUUAGAUGUAAUUCGGGAUACGUAUGAGAGAGCAAUAGCAAAUGUUCCACCUACAAAGGAGAAGCAAUUUUGGCGUAGAUAUAUUUAUCUCUGGAUCAACUACGCCCUGUUUGAAGAGCUGGAAGCAGAAGAUGAAGAACGGACGAGGCAGGUCUACAGGGCAUGUCUUCAGUUGCUGCCUCAUAAGAUAUUUACCUUUUCGAAGAUAUGGUUGCUUUAUGCCCAGUUUGAAGUUAGGUGCAAGAAUCUGCAGGUGGCGAGGAAAACACUGGGCAUGGCUCUUGGAAUGUGUCCCAAGGACAAGCUCUUCCGGGGAUACAUCGAUCUCGAAAUCCAGCUCCGAGAAUUUGACCGUUGUCGCAUUUUGUACCAGAAGUUCUUAGAAUUUGGACCUGAAAACUGUGUCACGUGGAUGAAGUUUGCAGAGCUGGAAACGCUCCUCGGCGACAUUGACCGUGCCCGAGCUAUCUACGAGCUGGCCGUGAAUCAGCCCCGUCUGGACAUGCCUGAGAUUCUGUGGAAGGCAUACAUUGACUUUGAGGUGGGCCAGGAGGAGAUGGGCCGAGCUCGCGAACUGUACGAGCGCCUUCUGGAGAGGACACUGCAUGUGAAGGUAUGGAUGAGCUAUGCCCAAUUUGAGAUGUCGGCUGUCGGAGGUGAAGAUCCGGAGGCAGCAGUAGCGCUUGCCCGCCGCGUGUUCGAGAGAGCAAACCAGGCGCUGCGGAGUGCCCAGGACAAGGAGGAGAGGGUGAUGUUGCUGGAGGCAUGGCGCGACUUUGAGAAGCGUCAUGGUGAUGCAGACUCUGUAGCUGGGGUGCAAGCACGCAUGCCACGCAGGGUCAAGAAGCGGCAGCGUGUGCAGGCUGAUGAUGGGUCUGAGGAAGGUUGGGAGGAGUUCUUCGACUACAUCUUCCCUGAAGAUGAGGCGACGAAACCAAACCUUAAGCUGCUGGAGAUGGCAAAGGCCUGGAAGAGGAAACAAGAACAGCAGCAGCAACAGGAGGAGGCCGAAUCGGGAGCAGGGGAAGCAGGGCUUGAUGAUCCUAACCUGGAUGCUGAUGACAGCAUCAGUGACAGUGAUAGUGAAGAAGAGGAGGAACGGGAAGGCGACCAGGACAGCGAUGGGCCACGAAAUGAAUCGUGAAAGUGUUUCCAGGCACUGAAGAAUCGAAGAAAAACUCAACUAUAAAGAAAGUCCAUGCUGACCUCUUCGGCAGUGUCUUCAUGUAAUGGAGACCAUUGUGCACUGUCUGCACAAAUUUAUGUACAAAUUUUAUAAUGCAGUAAAUUUAAUGUUAUUUAUGAACUGAAAAAAAAUUGUACUGUAAAUAAAAUUUUAUAUUUAUAGACUGAA